AUGGUUUCGUCGCUAUUUGUCUACCGCCGCAGCUUCAGAUCACUCUCCACCCUCCACCAUUCCUUUUCUUCUACUUUGACACUCCCAAUCAGCAACCACAUUUCAUCAUCAUGUUCACGUCUGCAAUCAUCAGCGAAACUCGUAGGCGUUCAGUCCCGUACAUUCAGAUCAACGUCAAUUUCUCUCUUGUCUUCAUGCGUCACAACAGAACUUCGGGCCACCAAGACAAGGAGGAAGAAGAGGGAUCCAGCGGCGGCGGCCUUGGUGCCUUCAGUUCCUAGGGUUUCUUCGUUACAACUUUGUUUUUUUCUUUUCCUGGGUCUGGGUCUUCCAACGACCCGGCCCAUUUCCCUCGACCCGCUCCAUCUUCCUUCAACCCAGCCCAAUUGCUUUUAA